AUGUCGACGAAAUUCGCCCUUGCUACGCUCAGGACGAGCAAUGGCUACCGCGCAGCCAUGCAGGUCGCAGGCAAGUUCUACAAGCUGGGGAACACCGGCAACGGUCAGGACUACCCUGCCGAUACCACCAUGAUGGACCUGCUGCAGGACUGGCCCACCGCCAUGCCGAGAUUAAGCAGCAUUGCUUCAGGCAUUGAACACAACAAAGGCACAACGGCGGCGGUUGACUUAGCUGCGGCAGGUGUCUCGACAGACACGCCAAUUCGCUUUCCGCGAAAGCUAAUCUGCGUGGGUGCGAAUUACGGAGGCCACCUGCGGGAAAUGGGCUUGCCAGCGGAAAAGAUGAUGCCCAUGCCAUACUUCUUACGGCCACCGACGACUUCACUGGUCGGCCCGGGCCAGACGGUACGUAAGCCACGUAUGACAAAGGAGUUCGACUGGGAGAUCGAGGUUGUGAUUGUGUUGGGUCGACCGUUACGGAAUUGUGAGACACUGGAAGAGGCAGCAGAUGCCAUUGCCGGCUAUACAGUCGGGCUUGAUCUGUCAUGUCGUGACCUGCAGACUGCAAAGGACAUCGGCAUGGACGUCGGCCGCGGUAAAGCGCAGGACACUCUGGCGCCAUGCGGACCGGUAAUGGUACCUAAACAGUCUCUGCCGGACGGGAUAGGGGACUUGAGCCUGAAGCUAUGGGUGAACGGAGAGCAAAUGGUCGACGGAUCGACGAAGGAUAUGCUGUACUCUCCCGAAGAGCAGUUGCAGGAAUUGAGCAAGUUCAUGACGCUCGAGCGGGUGACAUGGUGGUUGCAGAUUGGCGACCGGGUUACGGCAGAGAUCGAGAGCAUAGGUGUCCUCGAGGUGGUGAUACGAGAGGACGACUGA